UUGUAAGAGUUUUUAGUUUGUGUAAGUAGGAGAGAAAUACUAUAAUGGCGGACAAGGGUAGCAUGGGUCGAGCAUGCGCAGCAUGCAAAUACCAGAGAAGAAAAUGCUCGGCUGAGUGCCCGCUGGUGCCCUAUUUUCCACCGGAUCAGCCAAAACAGUUCCUGAAUGCUCACAAACUGUUCGGAGUGAGCAACAUUUUGCGUAUACUGAAACAAGUGAAUGAUACCCAAAAGAGCGACGCCAUGAAAACUAUCAUUUACCAGGCAAAUGCCCGUGAGAGGGACCCUGUUUAUGGGUGCUUUGGCAUUAUUGUUAUGUUGCAAACACAGAUCGAAAGCUUGAAAGAAGAAUUGGGUUUUGUGAGGAGGCAGGUAAUGCUUGCAGAACAGCAACAAUAUCAUAACAGUUGUGGGCAACAGAUUCAGCCUGUUGAAGGCCCUGAGUCUCUGUCUCAUGAUCAGCCUGCCUCCACACCAGCUUGGAUUUACCCUAAUGUUCAGGGUUCUUCUUAUGAUGGACAGCAGUUUUAUCGGCAAACUGAUUAUGAUAUUAACAGACCCAAUGAUGUUUUUGAAUAUGAACAAACGCAGCAGGUCUACAGCGAGUCCAAGGAGGGACAUGAAUCCAGACGAAUUGAUACAAAAGAUAGUGAAUUCAGCACUAGUCAAUCAACAUAUGUUGCACCACUUACAAGGAAAGAAACCGUAGACCAUCUUCAAAAAUUGCUGCACUCAACAUAUGAAGUAUAUGGGGUUUUGAGAGUUGCAAAUCCUUUUUCAGUACCCUUCCAACGUAGUUGUGGAAGAUGCAAUUACACCACUUAUAACUUUGGUACACUAAAAUAUGACAUUGGUCACUGCAACAAGUGCAAUGAAAACACAGCUUACACAUAUACGCAUUCUCUAAAAUGCAUUUUAACUAGUGACAACAAGAACAAUUUGGAAUGUAUUCUUGAGAAAGACAUGUUCAAUCGUCUACUUCCACAACUUGAACAAAUCACUUAUGAAGAUUAUAUACGAGGUAAAGUCGAAAUAGUUUUCGUUAUCCGUGGUUUACAAAAGGAAGGAAAUUAUACACUGGAUCAAAAUAAUGUCAUCAUCAAUUUGGAAGAGAAUCACAUACCUCUAACUGAUUCUUCAAGUCAGAUGACUCAACUUUAAUUGAUUUCCACCAAAGGAUCUCUUUUGUGAAGAAAUGCAUCAAAACAUUGUACAUAUGAUAUACUUGUUAGUUUCACUUUGGAGAUUAUAUUUAAUUUUGAUCUUAAAGUACUCUAAAAUUUCAAACAUCAAUAUUGCUCUUUUAUUUAUUACUGUUCUAUCUGGUUUCAUUUUCUGUUAAUCUUUUGUUUUAGCGAUCCAUUUAUACACUACCUGAACCUGAAGUAUUUGUAUUCAUGUUCU